CAGGGAUGUCACUUGUCAAGUUUAGUGUUCUGUGUUUUUGUGACGAGAGGAGGUUGCGAAUUGUUCGCGUCCAUCGGCAUUUUUUCAAAAAUCUAAUCUGCCUUUCGAAUUACAAUGUAUAUAGCGCUAUUAUCCUAGUAAAGAUAUGGAUCUGUCUGAAGCACCACAAGAUACUGAACUUCGAAAUAUCAUCGAUAAGUUGGCCCAGUUCGUUGCUCGAAAUGGCCCGGAUUUCGAACAAAUGACCAAGAACAAACAGAAGGGCAACCCGAAGUUUCAGUUUCUAUUCGGCGGCGAGUACUACAACUACUACCAAUGCAAGGUUGCAGCAGAACAAGCUAUUUAUAAGCAUCAGCAACAAACCAACGGUAGUGAUCAGAACAGUAACUGGAGUGCCUCACCUGUCCAGAUGCAGGCUAAUCAACCGGAAAUAGAUCGUAUUGUAAAACAGCAAGAUGUCUUACGAGAACAGAUCAAACAGAGUGAACAGAAUCUCACUGCCCAGCACACUGUUUUGGUGCAACAACAGCAAGCUCAAGUUGAACAGAUUGUUGCAAAGUGUGAAACUGCAGAUUUACAAAAGAUGGCAGACAAUUGUGGCAUCAUUUUAACAGAGGUCUAUAGUAUUUUGCAACCUAUAAUAGAUAGUUGCACCAAAGAUAGCAUUAGUAAUGGGAAAUCAUGGUUUCUGCAGCAUGCUGCAGAUAAAACUAAAGCUGAUUGUAUUGUUGAAAGUUUAUUAUACAAAGUUUUACAGUCGAGCAGUUUUCCAUCAAAGUUACAUGUGAUUUAUUUAGUUAAUGAUCUUUUGCACCAUAGUGCAAGGAAAAAUGCGAAUGACUUAAAACAAGCCCUAGAAAGGGUAGUGGUUCCUAUGUUUUGUAAUGCUAGCAUAGCUGCCACAGAUGAACAGAGGCUGAAACUGGAUAAACUCUUGAAGCUGUGGGAGUCAAAAAUGAAUUACCUAGAUCCAAAGACAUUAGAAAAAAUGCAUAAGCCAUUGCAAAGCUACCAGCAAUAUCAAGCUGAUCAGAUGGCAAAAUAUUCCAGUGAAAUAGCUCCACUGACUCAACAGACUAAAUUGACAUUUGACAGUUACCAGGCUCAGCAUCAAGCGUUUGUUUGUCAUGCCAUGCAGCAGAUUAUGGAUCUGCAACAGCAGAAGCAAAAUUUGGAACAGGGUUCCCAGCCACAACCACCGGCUCCUCAGCAAACAGCACCUCAGCCCCAGACGACCACCAACAAUGCUCUUCCACUGGAAACCAUCCAGGCAACGCUUCAGCAGACCAUACAGAGUCUCAGCCAGUCUGCUGCCACUACUACACAGACUGCAACUUCACAACAACAGCAGUCAUUUAAUGUACAAAAUGAUACUUAUAUGAAUGUCUGUGUGCCGCCGCCUGGUUUAAAUUCACAGCCACCGCUUCCAACAACGCCAGCACCGAGUACUCCGGUACAGACCGUCUCCACUAGCGGCCAGCCGCAGGUGCCGCCCAUCCCCCCACUAUUCCCUGCCGCCCCCGUCGACGUCACCCAAGCACCGCCCACUAUCCCCCAACCGCCUCCGUUGCCUAACGCCAAUGGCGGUCUGGACGCCAUUCCGUUCACGCAGCCGCCCCCCGGUUACUUUCCGCCUCCAGGGAUGUUUCCUGACUUCAGCAAGCCGCCCCCGGGAUUCCCUGCCAAGCCUGAGCCGAUACUGGAGGAGUUGAUGCCCACGGCGCCAUACUAUGAUCUGCCGGCCGGGCUGAUGGUGCCGCUUGUAAAGGCCGAGAUGCUUCAUAUUCUGCUCCUUAUCAUUGGAAGUUGUGAAAUAAGACAGACUGCAACAUGGAGAUACUGGUUAUUAUUGGACUGUUUAUAAUAUAUGAAUACAUUUAUUAUGUUCAGUUUUACAUUUCCUUAAUAAACUUGCACCACCCACAUACAUUUUUCCUUCAAAACUGGGUUCACUUCAGUUUCCAAGAUUUCAAUGUAUUAUAUCCUGGUACUUGAUACUGACAGUUGAUUUAACGUUCCAUAAACAUUGCAAAGAAAUUAGUAUUAAAUAUUGUAUUAGUUACUUCGGUUUUCUAGUAUCAUAAAUAAUAUUGUGUACCCAAUAUUUUGUUUCUAGUAACACAGCUUACAAUUUUUAUAUCAAUAUAAUAACGCAAACUUUGCAUAACAUUAUUUUAUUCGGGCUGGCAUCGGAUACUGAAUUUUUUUUUGUAUAAAGUACCUUUCUUUUAUCCUUUUUAUCCUAAAACCCUGACGUUAAGCGCUACACUGGUUGUUAUGCUGAAUACUCUCAAUUAGAGUAGGGAUUGUAAAAAAGAUAUUUGCAGUUGUAAAAACAAUUGUUCUACAUGUUUCAGUUUUUAGCUUUCGCCUGAUUUUAUUGUUGAUCUAUAGCUUGUGUCAGUUUCAACAAGGUAUACAAAAAGUAACCAGCAGUAAAUCUCUCAUUACUCCUACUGUGCGUAUGCUAUAGUGUUUGAUCCGAUAUACAGGCUUAUUGAAGAUAUACAGGUAGGAUAAAUAUACAUCUAAACAGUUUAUAAUGAGUAAUGCAAAGAGAGUUUUUGUUUUAGACGAAAUGCCAGUGCAUUAAAAAUGGCUAGAAAUUUACUAUAAUUAUAUCCUUGUUUAUAUCAGAUAUCCGUGCAUGCUCAUACCAUUUUUGUCUUGUGUAUGAAUGCAAGGAUGUCUGGGUUCAAAAAUUCCUAACAUCUUGAUGGUGUAGUUCAGAAAUGUAAGUAAUUUUCUUUUGAAAAUGAGUUACCUACAAGAAUAUAACAAUCAGGAGACGAAUAAUCGAAUGCACAAGUGUGGUAAGUGAUAAAUACAUUUAUAGUAUCUCUAGCACCACCUGCCAAUAGGUGUAACUUUAGAAUACUGAUUUCUGUCGCAAAGAUUAUACAUUAAUACUUUGGUUUUGUUCUUUCCACAUUUGUGUGCUACACCAUCGUUGUAUAACGAAAAGCCAAUGUAUAAUCAAUUAUUGCAUAGUUUGAGAGGGUACUACUACGAAUACAGCGAAAACCUAAUUUGUCUGACGGCUUGAGUUCCAUGUGUACUAGUGAGAAACGCGAGAAGUGUGUAUCAACACAAACAUGUUGGAAAGAGAUAGAAGCCGGCUGAAAAAGGUCGUGCUAUCUGCCGCAGAAAAUGUUCACACAGGCUUCUACAAUAGGUUAGGUUACUGUCAAACCGAAUAAGGAGGUCUGUUCGAACAUUUGAUUUAAUGUUUUGUUUUCAUUUUGAUUAGAAUUAUUAAUUUCAAUUUGGCUUGAUGUUUAAUUUAUUUUAGAAUUAUCUUUGAUUUCCACUGAUAAAAUCAACACAUCCUGAGUUAUUGUUACAGUCGGAAAAUAUAACAAAUACUAUUACGCAAUACUAGUUACUACUGCCUACGAGUACGCAGGUGAAAUUUCUUUCGAAGCAUUACAACACUCCCCAAUGACCGCUAGGUGGGUACUGGAGGUGGAAACCUUGCCUUGGAAUGUACGAGAUGCGGUGUUGCCAAACGAACCAAUGAUGCAAUGUUGCAGAAUUUGUGGCGAUCCUGACCUUUCAUUUCGUCCUAAAAUGGAGCGCCGUUAGCACCGAUCCGGAAUCGAUCCUAAUCAGAUUCGACAAACUUCACAAUUGUGUACGCUCAGAAUAAAACCAUUAUUUGGCGUAGAGAAUAAUUUAACUCAUACUUUCAUCGUGCAUCAAGGAAUGAGUGUAUCAUAUUGGUAACGCGGCAGAUAGCCGCGUCAGCGUUGCUAGACAACGCGGUGAUGAGCAUCGCUAUCCAGCCGGCUUCUAUCUCUGUCUAACAUACGUGUCUAUACGCACUUCUCUCGUACACAUUGAACUUAAGCUGUCAGACAAAUUUGGUUCUCAGUGUAUAUCGAAUGCAUUACGCCCAGAAACAAGUAUAUGGGUGCAGAGUUUACAUUUAUUUGCUGUCAUUGUCACAGAUAGAUUAGAUUAGACGAUGAAGAGAUAUUCAGCAUUCCAACUAUUACCUUGCGCGCACACAUUUCUUCUGAGAAAAUCCUUUAAAAUAUUUAGAUUGUCCUCGAAUUCAUAAUGGUUUAUUGACACGCUUAUUCUAGUUGGAAGAGACAACAUAUAAACCGUUAGAUCCUAAAGAUAUUAGGUUGCCGCCACCCGCGCCACCUAACGAACGUCUGUUGGCGGCCGUCGAAGCUUUCUACUCGUUGCCCAGCCACGAACGGCCCAGAGACAGGUAACAACAAGGAUAUAUUUCUUUAUAUUUUCAUCGAAUGUCCUAUUGUAUUCAUAUGCGGUGACAGUGAAUUGUUAAAUCCUCGCCUUGAUGAAACGGCUAUAAAAUGUAUUGGUGUCGAAGAUAACGUUUUACGCAGACUGUGGGAUGGUAGAAGAGGAGUCUGGAGGAUCCCUCCCUCGCCAGCGUACACUGACGAGGAAAAUCAUCGAGAUACCACGGUACACGAGUAUCCAUUACGUUUUGACGCCUACUGAGGUGAACAGCUGGGGUGCGUUUGUAAAUUACUUUGUAAUCUAAUACCGUUCACAGUAAUGGAAUGUAGAUUGACAGAUGAAAUUUUACUGUGGAGUACUGUGUGACUUUAUUUUUAGAACGCCGAGUACAGGACUCUACAUGACUCUUGAUGACCGCCGACCACGUUUUUUUGCGACCAUUGUAGUUAUUAUAAGAUACCCCAGGGAUACGAGGUGACAUUUAUCAUGAAAAAUAUACAGGAUGUCCGCAAAGUUGGGGUUUUCCCUUUCAGAAACAACUACCCUUGAAAUAACAAAGGUAAUGUGUAGUGAAACGAGGGCGACCAAGUAAAAAAAUACUCACUCUCCAGAUGACGAGAAGGGCUAAGUACGUC